GGACGAUACUCGCGUGUUUAAACGACGUACGUAUUUACAAUGUAUUUUAGGUAUUUGUUGUUUGUAUCGGUUGUAGCGGGCAGAAUGACAAGUAUCCACAGCGCGUAUAACGAGGAGGUCCACAAUGUGCCCAUGGCGGUGAUCAUCAGGCCUUUUAAACCGGAACUUGAUGAAAACAAGGUUCAGUCACUUAUGGCAACUAUACAGAAAGAAGAAGAAUCAGAUUAUGUCCCACCAAUAGACAUCCUCUGGAUCAAGGGCACAGAGGGUGGCAAUUACUACUACAGUUUCGGCGGGUGCCACCGCUACGCGGCGUACCAACGUCUGAACAAGCUCACGAUUCCUGCCAAGCUUAUCAGAUCUACUGUUACAGAUUUAAAAACGUAUUUGGGAAGCAGCACACCGGAUUUGAAAUAAUCUAAUGGAGUUGCUACAUAAUGUAUACAGGAUGCUAACAAAAUAGGCGAAAGAAGAUAUCUUGAUGAAACCUGCUCGUCGAAAAAGGUUCACAAGUUCAGGUGUGAUGUCCCCAAUGGGCCGGCUUGGAAGACAAACCUUCUUUGGAAGCUGUACCUUGCACUAGAACGGGUUGACGAUAAUGAUAAUUUACCUAACUUCAAAUAAAUCAGUGGCUUCUUAAAUUUCGGAAUUACUAAAAAUUAUUGUACCUAUAUCCGUACCUAAUUAGUUAGCACCUUAUAUUAUAAAAUAAUAGGGGAGUGUAGAAGACUAAGUCACAAAUAUACAUAUAGUAAGUUUUUGUAAUUAUUAUGAGUCUGAUUUUUGAACAAGUUAACUAUGAUGUUAAGGUGUAAUGCGAAAAUUUUAUGACGUAGACAAGCAUUGUUGAAACUAUUAAUAUAGAUUCUUGUCAUGUUAUUAAAUGUUUAAUAUAUAUAUUCUAUUUAACAUUAGUUGUUGCGCCCGGUGCACAGCAGUGAAUCUUGCAAACUAUAGACAAAACUGUGUACAGUACAAGAUAGUCAACAAGCUGAAGCGAAACGCACGUCCUUUUGGCUCUUAUUGCAUGGACAUAAGUUGUUGUCCUUUGGACUCACUGGUGGAACCAACAGUCCGAAAGGUUUUUUCAUCGUCUCAAACUGAUUCCGCGUCUAGAAGUAUGGUGAUUUCCUAAAUAUCCACCAUAUUUUAGACGCAUUUACUAGUUAUAUCUAAAUAAAAAAUUAUUUUCGUUUUUAAAAUUCGAUUUUAUUUAAAUGUAAGUAAUAUUAAAUUGACAAUUUAAAAUAAUUUUCAAAUUAAUUUGCAAAAAAAU